AUGCCAAUGUACAUCCAUCAGAAGCUAAUAACCAUCACAGUCGAGCAUCCCACAACGGGUGAUAAUAGUUCCUCUACAAAUAAUUCUAGACAAUCAGGCUCUCGUCGCUCAGCUCGUCCUGACCUCUCUACAUUCUUCGCCACGCUCAAUGAAAUCAGUCCCAACCAAGGCGACGAAAGGACACGGCCCUACGCAGUUCCAGUACCAGGAGAUGUAAGCGCUGCUUUCAGAUCCCUUGCUGAGGCAUUUGACGUGAUGAGGCGCAGCGGGGAUAAUGCGCCGCUACCAGUCUACGACGGACGAGACCCCGAAAUGCCGGACGCCGGACAAGGACAAUUGAUAGAAGAGAUGAUUCGGGCCCUAUUACAAGAUGCAGAGGCCCCUCCACGAGAGGUCGAAGGAGUAUCGGAUGAGUUCUGCGAUAUGCUUGACCGCGUUCCCAAGUUGAAACUGAAAGAAUCCCAAACAUGCCCAAUAUGCAAUAACCCGUUCCUAGAAGAUUCACAUCCUCUCGUUGUGAGAUUACCCUGCCAUACAUCGCAUAUAUUCGAUUUAGAGUGCGUACGCCCAUGGCUACGACUGAGAGGGACAUGCCCCCUUGACAGAACAGAUUUCGGAAAAAAGGAACGCCAGAAAGAAAACGAGAGGAUAGAAAGACUUAUGAAGAAGUCUAGCGGGCUUAAUGAUGAUGAGGAGGAGGAGGAGGAGUGGGAUGGCAUGUAUGCGUAA